AAUUCAGGCUUCGAGAAAAAUCUGGCGAAGGCGUGCACGUCUCACAACGUCAUUUAUCCAUCCAGUUCAAUGUUGGUCCCGGGAGAUUUUUUAUGGAUUAAAUUAAGUACUUCCAUCUUCAUUUACCACCUGAUCGCAGCCAUAUAAAUCCCAACAGCUGAUCAGCAGACUUCAGAAAGCGCGACGCCUUCAGACGGAACAGCUGGGAGAUAAAGCAGGAGAGAAGAGAGCAAACGGGCUGACGCAGACUAAGCUGUUUCACUGUCCUUUCUGUGCCUUUAGGGGAAAAAAAGCAUCUCGGAAACUAGAGGACUAGUUAGUUUAAACUUAAAGCCCUAACCUGGAAGAUACAAUCGUCGUGAAGGGUCCCAGCGGAACUAAAGAGAGCGAAAAACGAAAGAGAGAGAGCGCGAGCAGCGGAACAGAGCUGUCCAGUGCUGAACGCGCGCCGCCGAACGGGAGCUGUCCAGUGCUGAAGUUGCAUUUCUGCUGAGAGCAUCGCGCUGCAUCAACACAAGCGCAUUCAGGGGCUCGAGGGUCUGCCGUAACCCUGCGCUGGCAUCCGACUAUCGGCAUUACCGAAGAGGAACGAUACUAAACGCGUUCUGCCCCAGCGUUGCAUGAGGAAAGCGAGCCAUUCUACCUGCGGACGAAUAUUUUUUUUCUCCUUCAACGUGAAACAUGCCAAGGUCUUUCCUGGUCAAAAAGGUUAAGCUUGAUGAUUUCUCAUCCGCUGAUCUGGAGAGCUCCUAUGGCAGAUCUAGGGCAGACCUCAGCCUGCGCUUUCACGAGAAAGGCUAUAUCAGCGACUACAUGACCCCGGCACCAUACGAUGGCGAGAGUGACAACGGCAUCAAAGUGCCCUCACCCGGACCCAUCUACAGCGAUUAUGGAGCACCAGAUUCAGACCAGCCUGACAGCCCGCAGUCUGAGAUCUCCUCGGGCUACAUCAACGGAGACAACGCGGUCAGUGAGGGAUACACAGUGGAUGCCUUCUUCAUCACAGAUGGGAGGUCGAGGAGAAAAGCCAUCAGCAGCCCAAGAAGUCUUCAGCGGCACACGUGCAAUGAGUGCGGAAAGACAUACGCCACGUCUUCCAACUUGAGCAGACACAAGCAGACGCACCGCAGCAUGGACAGCAAAAUGGCCAAGAAGUGUCCCACCUGCGAGAAGGUUUACGUCUCCAUGCCAGCCAUGGCCAUGCACCUGUUGACCCAUGACCUUAAGCACAAGUGUGACAUAUGUGGGAAGGCCUUCAGCAGACCUUGGCUUUUACAGGGACACAUGCGCUCACACACUGGCGAGAAGCCCUUUGGAUGCGCGCACUGUGGGAAGGCAUUUGCUGACCGUUCAAACCUGCGUGCCCAUAUGCAGACACACUCAGCCUUUAAGCACUACAAGUGCAAGAGAUGCAACAAGACCUUUGCUCUCAAGUCCUACCUGAACAAGCACUACGAGUCGGCCUGCUUCAAGGGAGCGUUUGCUCCUUUGAGUCCAAUGGAAGUGUGAUAGUUUGACAGCACAAAAACAAUGUCUCGGAGGAUUAAUCGCAUGUACCUUAACUUUUCUUUUCUUAGUGUACUCUUUCUCCUGCUGUUCACGUAUUCUGAGCUGAAAUUUCACUCGUUUUUGCCAAAACUCAGAGGACAUUGAAAAUGUCUUUGUUUCUCUCGAAAAGGUCAAACCUUUUUUAAGUAUUGGAGAAUAUUGUACUGCUGCCAGUGGCCACAAAAGUGUUCAGCAUUGAGGUAAAACUAUUUAUUCAUUAACUUAUUGAAGUAUUUAUAUAUUUAUUUCCUACAAACGGUUAAUUUGCACUUUAAUUUGUCGUUCAGUUGCCAAGCCUUCAUCAUCAAUAUGCCAAAGCAUUUGCCACUUUCUGAAUAUCUUAUUUUUGUUUGCCACUUUAUAAAUUCGUUGCAUGCAAAAAAAAAAAAAAAAAAA